AGCCCGAGCCUGCGCCGCACAGUGCCGGCUGGUGGCGGCGCGCGGAGAGUACGCGUCUGCACUAUGAGCGAGGCGGACGGGCUGCGGCAGCGCCGGCCCCUGCGGCCGCAGGUCGUCACGGACGAUGGCCAAGCCCCGGAGGCCAAGGACGGCAGCUCCUUUAGUGGCACAGUUUUCCGAGUGACCUUCUUGAUGCUGGCUGUUUCCCUCACCGUUCCCCUGCUUGGAGCCAUGAUGUUGCUGGAUUCUCCUAUAGAUCCUCAGCCUCUCAGCUUCAAAGAACCCCCCCUGUUGCAUGGUGUUCUGCAUCCAAAUACGAAGUUGCGACAGGCAGAGAGGCUAUUUGAAAAUCAACUUAUUGGGCCGGAGUCCAUAGCACAUAUUGGGGAUGUGAUGUUUACGGGAACAGCGGACGGCCGGGUUGUAAAACUUGAAAAUGGUGAAGUAGAGACCAUCGCGCGGUUUGGUUCAGGCCCAUGCAAAACCCGAGAUGACGAGCCUGCUUGUGGGAGACCCCUGGGCAUCCGGGCAGGGCCCAAUGGGACUCUGUUUGUGGCUGAUGCAUACAAGGGACUGUUUGAAGUAAAUCCCUGGAAACGUGAAGUGAAACUGCUGCUUUCCUCCGAGACACCCAUUGAGGGGAAGAAAAUGUCCUUUGUGAAUGAUCUUACAAUCACGCAGGAUGGGCGGAAGAUUUAUUUCACAGAUUCUAGCAGCAAAUGGCAAAGGCGAGAUUAUCUGCUCCUGGUUAUGGAGGGCACAGACGAUGGGCGCCUGCUGGAGUAUGAUACGGUGACCAAGGAAGUGAAAGUUUUAUUGGACCAGUUGCGGUUUCCUAAUGGAGUCCAGCUAUCUCCUGAGGAAGACUUUGUCCUGGUGGCAGAAACGACCAUGGCAAGGAUACGAAGAGUCUACGUGUCUGGCCUGAUGAAGGGAGGGGCCGACCUGUUUGUGGAGAACAUGCCAGGAUUUCCAGACAACAUCCGACCCAGCAGCUCCGGGGGAUAUUGGGUUGGCAUGUCAACCAUUCGCCCUAACCCUGGGUUUUCCAUGUUGGAUUUCUUAUCCGAGAGACCGUAUAUUAAAAGAAUGAUUUUUAAGCUGUUUAGUCAGGAGACGGUGAUGAAGUUUGUGCCGCGGUAUAGCCUCGUCCUGGAACUCAGCGACAGUGGCGCCUUCCGGAGAAGCCUGCACGAUCCCGAUGGGCUGGUGGCCACCUACAUCAGCGAGGUGCACGAGCACGACGGGCACCUGUACCUGGGCUCCUUCAGGUCCCCCUUCCUCUGCAGACUCAGCCUGCAGACGGUUUAGCCAGCCCUCAUGGCUGCUAAACUGCCACGCGAGCCUUACGCUCGGGCACGAGACCUGGUCCAGGAGGAGCUGUGGACACAACUGUGACGCAUGUGUCCCCAUGCACCUGUCAGCCCUUGGAGGUGUGGGGGAAGCUGCUGCAACCCCUGAGGAUGUGCAGGCCCCGGAGGGGUAACCCUCACCUGGGCCCGACUUUGUGUUUAGAGGGAAAGAAACAUAACAUUCCUGCUGCCGGGAAGAUAAAUUCAUGUAAAGCCAUUUUCUCU